AUAUCAAUACAAACAUUAUCAAGUGUGUGUAUGUGAGAGAGACAUAGAAAUACAUACAUACAUACACACACAUAUAUAGAUAUAUAUAUAUACAUACAUAGAGAGAGAAAGAUAGAUAGAUAGACAGAGAGAAUUUGGUUGGUGGCUGUGCCGGAGAAAUGGGAAGAGGAAGAGUGACGUUGAAAAGGAUAGAAAACAAAAUAAACAGGCAGGUGACUUUUUCAAAACGGCGGUCAGGUCUGCUCAAAAAAGCUCAUGAGAUCUCUGUUCUUUGUGAUGCUGACGUGGCUCUCAUCGUCUUCUCUACUAAAGGCAAGCUCUGCGAAUAUGCUACUGAUUCCUCCAACAGAAUGGAAAGGAUCAUUGAGAGGUACGAAAGGUAUUCGGAUGCAAAGAUGCAACUUAAUUCGACUAAUGAAUCACAGGGAAACUGGUCUCUGGAGCAUGCCAAGCUCAAAAGUAGAAUUGAGCAAUUGCAGAAAACCCAAAGGCAUUUCAUAGGAGAAGAACUUGAUUCCUUGAACCUCAAAGAGCUUCAAAGUUUGGAGCAGCAACUUGAUUCAGCUCUCAAAAACAUUAGGUCAAAAAAGAAUCAAGUCAUGCUUGAAACCAUUUCUCAGCUCCAAAAGAAGGACAAAGAUUUGCAGGAUCAAAACAACUUGCUUUCUAAGCAGAUCAAGGAACAAGAGAAAGAAGUAGCACGCCAUGAGUUAGAGAUGCAGAACCAUGGUAUCGUGCCCUCAUUUCAGUUAAAUAGCUUGAACAACUGUGACUCAUACAUGGCAGGAGGCGAUGGGGAAAUAGAAGAAAACCCAAGACAAGGUCAACCAUCUACUGUCAUGCCCCCCUGGAUGAUUCAAUACAUGAACCAGUAAAGUGUUUCAUAUUAUUUUCUAUUUGAAAUGGCAUAAGAAUGCAUAUGAUGCAGCAAUAUAUCACAUAUAUAUAUAUAUAUAUUGAUCGGCCAUGGAUUUAAAAUGGUUUGUAAUAUCAGAAUAUAGAUGUUAAAAGUAAAAUGUGUACGGUUUCUUUUUGUUA